AUGAGUAUUUUAAGUUGGAACUGUCAGGGGCUUGGGAACCUCCGAACAGUCAAAACUCUUAAGAGAGCAAUGCAGCAAAAAGAUCCCAUUUGUGUCUUCCUGAUGGAGACAAAGCUCACCACAGAGCAACUAUACGACAUGAAGCAAGAAUGGGUUUACAACCAAGGUCUCAUAGUCUCAAGUACUAGCCUCAGUGGAGGUCAUGCUCUUUUAUGGAAACCCGGAACUCAGGUACACGUCCAAAAUUUCUCCCGAUGGUUUAUUGAUGCCCAUAUAAUUUGUGACAAUACAGGUACAAAGUGGAGAAUUACCGGUUUUUACGGCCACCUCGAAACAUGCAAACGUGAGGAAACGUGGACUUUGCUUGAAUCUUUGCGGCACUCCACCGACCUUCCCUGGCUUUGCAUUGGCGAUUAUAAUGAAAUUGUCAGUCGCACGGAAAAGAGUGGCGACUCCUUAUGCCCUACCAGACAGAUGGACCGUUUUCGCUCUGUCGUUCAUACAAGUGGCUUCAUUGACUUAGGAUUUGUUGGCCCUCCAUAUACCUGGUCUCGGAAUCACCCUGUUAAAGGUCGAACCCACAUUCGCCUUGACCGGGCAUUAGCCACAACUUCAUGGAAAACUCUCUUCCCGAAUGCCACCGUCCACCAUAUCUCCAUGUCCACCAAUGACCACUCCAUGUUGGCAGUACACUUGCAACCCCACAGACACCUCCCACAACAUCGAACCCAAUGUCCAUUCCACUUUGAGGCAAUGUGGCUAAGGGAUCCUCAGUUUGCUGAAGUCGUCUAG